ACCAGGAUCCUGUAAUAAAAGGGGGAGAAGGAAAAGAGGUGGAGCAAAAGAGGAGGAAAUUAAAUUACAUUUCCUGUUUUUUUGAAUGCUGCAUUUCACCCAUUUCUCCGCGCGCUUCCUACUGCACAAAGACCGUCUUUUCAGAGCAUCUUCAUUUUCAGAAGCUGAACAGAAAAGAUGGCCAAUGAUUAUGAAUCCUUUGUGGACAGAAAUAGAGCAGAGCUUGUGCAGCGUGUUUCUUCAGUAAUGCCGCUGGCUGAUGUGCUGAUGUCACGGGGGAUGUUAAAAAAUGAGCCAUAUUCAGAAAUUCAAGCAGAAAGGACCUCUCAGGCCAAAAUGAGAGCACUCUUCAGGUUUUUGAAGAGCAGAAAUCAAAAAGUUGCAUUUUUCCAUGCACUGAAAAAAAAUGAGCCGUUUCUUGUUGAAGAGCUGGAGCACGGACCCAGACCUGAAGGACCCACAGAAGCAUCACAUGGAACUCAGGAAUCUUCCUCUGGAGCUAGGCAUGGAGAAGAAGACAGCGAGAAGGUUGAGAUUGCUCUUGAAGAACGAUGGCAUAAAAUAAGCCAAAGAUGGCAGGCAAAAUUACAGGACCUCCUUAAAGAACAAAAUUUGCAGAGCGUGGGGAACAGGAAGCUUUUCCUGUGCACAGAGGCCAAUUAUGAAAUUGGAGCUGGAUGUAAUGGAACCACAGUGUACAUUGGAAUGAAAGCAGAUGGUACUGAAGUAGCCAUUAAACGAAUGGUCAAGUCUUGCAAUAAAGAAUUACAAAAUGAGAUGUCGCUUUUACGAGCCCCAGAGCUUGAGAGCUGCUACAUAGUCAAAUAUGUAGAUUUUGUUGAAGACGAAGCCUUUUAUUACCUUGCUCUCCAACUUUGUGAAUAUACUUUGGAAGAAUAUAUGGAACAUAUUCAGCAGAAAGAAGAAGAGGACAAAUGGAAGGCUUUAAGGAAAGUGGCAAAGGAGGUUCUUCUCGGAUUAAAGGUCCUCCAUGAUAAUGGCGUGCUCCACCGAGAUAUAAAACCCCAAAAUGUUCUGAUCGAUGUGAAAGAAAACACACGACUGGCUGACUUUGGUUUUAGCCGCAGACUAAACAGUGCAAGCACCAGAAUCACUGGACGAGCUGGAACCCAAGGCUGGGAGGCAGCAGAGAUACUGGAUGAUGAAAACGAGAAUGAAGGAAAUGUUGAAUAUAAAAAGAGCAGCGAUAUGCAGGUGGCUGGAAUGUUGGUGCACUACAUCCUUUCAGAAGGGCAUCAUCCCUUUGGCAAAGGUCGCCGUAUAGAGCAAAAUAUUAUUGACGGGAAGGCCGAGCUGCAUCAGAUUAUUCUACAGGAUGUGGAAGCGAAGGAUCUGAUUGAAGAGAUGAUUCAUAAAGAUCCAAAGAAGAGACUGACGAUUGGAGAGGCCAUAGAUCAUCCUUAUUUCUGGGAUGAUGCCAGGAGAGAUUUUUUCCUAAGGAAAGUCGGGGAUGAGAAAGCUGUUCAGAGGUACUUAGAGGUGGACCAAACCCUUUGCGAUGCUGUGGCUAAAUACACUGAAGGCAGAUCCGUUUCUGGGUGGAAACAUAAGAUACCCACAGAUAAUCCAGACAUGCUAAGUGUUGACAGUAAACUUCCAGACAAUCUACUUGGACUGUUACGUUACUUUCGUAACUCACUGGUGCACCCCAAGAAAAAGUUUGUGGGCUUUGAGAUUUUCAAAGACUUGUAUCCAGACUUCUUCAUCUGUGCAAACAAGCUGGCGAAAGAGAUGCGUUGGACAGAUUAAGGAUACCCGUACACACUCCUGCUGUCUCUCCUUUUUAUGAGCUGCUACCAAAAAAACAAAAAUCUGAUUAUCCUGUACUCCAAUCGAUGGAUCUAACCGAUGGGCAUUUUUUAACCCUUGUGUGGUGUUCGGGUCUGUGGGACCCGUUUUCAUUUUUCAUCAAAUGAUACUAAAAAAAUAUUUUUUUCUAACUCAAACUCAUUGGCAUUGGCUCAUUUUUUGUGGGAAACAUAUAUCAAAACUUAUUUUUGAUAAACACACACUGUACCCGCCCCCCCCCUCCCCCCCCCAUUUAUAUUACAUACAGUAUGUUUGGCCAAGGGCUAAUAAACAUUGCUUUAUUUGUAAAUUUGAAACUAAACAAAUUUUCUACUCAUAUCUUGAGUUUAAUUCAUUUUCUUUUACAUUUUAUUCAAAAACUAAUAAAAAAAAGAGUAGCACUUUUUGAAAGAAAUGAAACAUAAGAAAGGUAAAGGGCAAAUAUUAACCAUGUAAGCUGUUUAUAUUGCUUGCAAUUUAGGUGAAGCGAGCAUGUGUAAAGCAUUUUAAUGUAGAAUUGCUUAAUUUUGCUGAAUUAAAUACAAGUAACAAAGUAAACGAGUAACAAAAAUAUGAACACCACACAAGGGUUAAUGAUGGCUUAGUGGUUAGCACAUUCACCUCUCAGCACUAGGGUAUUGGGUUCAAGACCCCAUCUGGGUGGAGUUUCCAUGUUCUCCCUGUAUCUGCCUGGGUUUCCAACAGGGAACUAUAGGUAUGUGUAUUAUAUAUGAUUGUGCUGGAUACAGUCCUCCAGGUGGACGGUUGUUUCUGGUUGAGAGUAUGCUGUGCUCUAUUGGUUGCCACUUCUCAUCAGUGUGUGGAUGUGUGCUGAGAAUGAAUAGUUGUGUGUAAAAUGUGUAGAUUGUAAAGCGUCCUUGGGUUUCUUGAAAGGUGCUAUUUAAGUGUAACUUCAUUUCAUUUUCACUUCAUUUAUUCAUUCAUUUAUAAAGUAAGACAGGAAAUAACUAACCUAUAGUGGUGCUUUUAAGUUUUUGAACCCAUUAGAAUGUUCUGUAUUUCUGCAUAAUUGCACUUUGACCUAAAAGAAAACUAGACAUAUUUGUUAUUGUAUUGAGUAAAAUGAUCCAAUAUUACAGAUCUCUGAGUGGCAAAAGUAUUUGAACUUUGAUUUGAUUGGAUAAUUUAAAGGUGGAAUUAGAAUAAGGUAUAUUAUUUAUAUAAGUAACACAGGCAUAUACAAAAUAUGAUCUUCACAGCACGUUUGUGAAAGCAUACUAUAGCAUGUUUAAAGGAGAUUUUUCAGGAGCUGAUAACCGAUCCACAGUCAGACAGAUUAUAGUGUACAAAUGCCAAAAUUUAAGACAGUAGAUUCAUUAUUUCCCUCUCCAGAAGUGCUCCACCAACAAAGAUCACACCAGGAGAGAUCACAAAUAAACCAUAGGUAACUUGUAAGCAACUGAAGGCCUUUCUCCCAUGUUAAUAUCUACACUUCUACAUCCAGGAGAGCACCGCACAACAACGGUGAGCAUUUUACUGCAUUCCAGCACCAAAAACAGAUUUAUGUUAGUAUGGAGGAUGUAGUAGCUUUUGGGCCUGUUAUCUGCAUCCAAUCCAGGACAGCUCACCAUCAUUGAUGGAAAAAUGAAUUCUGAAUGAUACCAGCAAAUUCUGAUGGAAAAUGUCGGAAUAUCUGUUGGUGAGCUGAAUCAAAUCUUUAGCUGCAGUUAUUGCGGGUUCACUCACUUUAAUUAAAUGUAAUAAAAUAUUUAGUAAUAUUAGAAAAUUUUCCUCAGAAAAAUAAAUGAGCAAGUCUUUUUUUUUAUUUAUUUGGAACUACUUUUAGAACUUUUUUUAGAUCAAAAUUAAGUAGAAAUAUCGAAAUUUGAAAAGGCAUUUUUUUAAACAAUGAACAUAAAACUUAUUUCUUCAUUAACCAAAAGUCCCGUUGGGUCUGAUAGAGGCAUUUCAAGCAUGGUUUUGGACAUGGAUUCUUUUUUCUUUUCUUUUUUUUUUCUUUAUUUAAUUUCAUUUCUGUUCUAUCCACUGGCCAGUCACAGUGUAUGCUUAUGCUUAGUGUAGUUAUCUUUAUUGUUAUUAUUAUUAUCUUUAUAGUUAUUAUUUGUAUCUAAAACAGUCUUUUUUGUUGUUUGUUUUCUAGACUGCGUCACAUUGAUUGUUUCUGGUAUUACUGCAAUAUUGACCAAUUAAAAUUGCCUUAAAUCUUUUUAAAUCCUUAAAUUUUUGUAUUGUUUUAUAUGCAUGUGAAGAAACUGUUGAUUAAUUCUUUGAGGCAGCAUUAUGCCAUAUAGAGAUUUUAAUGAAUAUAUCACUCAUGUAUUGUCUUUUGCAUUCUUUAGGGUAGAGUAGCAAUGAAAACAUUAAUUUUUUUUUCAAUUUUAUUUUGUGUGUAUGCAUCAAAUAGGCAUUUUUACAGUUUUACUAUACUUUUACUAUACAUAAACUGAAUUGUUCAUAGAUGGCCAGUUCUCACUGUGGCCAGCUUAAGUAAUAUGGCUGAAUUGUCUUAAAGUACAUUUACAAAAUCUAAACUACCAAUUUGCAGAGGUUUUUAGAGAACUUUAACCAAAUCUGGCAUUUUUCUGCUAAUUUUAUUUGUACUGGGGAAAAGGGAAAACAUUCCAUGUAAAAUAUGCUCUAUGUUUGUAUAUGUACACACAGCAAAGUUAUUGUUU